AUGUUCCGUUCCCUGUCCAAAGCCCUUUCCACUUUGAUUGUUUAUUUUGAACUAUCCGAACUAUACCACAUCUUCACUAUGCGAUUAGCCCAAUCAUUUAGAGCCCUCAUCCUCGUUCUGACCUCGACUGUACUAGCAAUCUCCGAUCUCAAAACAGAAGAUACCGUGACAGCAUCCUGGAAAGCCCCCGGCACUAUCCCCACCAACCUCGACCCGAGGACGAACAACAGCGAAACGGAAGAUCUGGGCCUACAGAAACGAAAACUCGCCGUGGACUCAUACACAGUUCCCUACCCACUGCAGACUGGUCCAACGAGAUAUGCGCCUAUGGCUAAGAAGCCCGGGACUGCCAUACCAACGACCUCGCCAACGCCUCAGUUCCCAGCGAGUCCGUACACGAUUGCCACGGCAUAUCUGAAGCCGGGGACUGUUGAAACGACCCUUACUGCUUUGGAGACGGUGUCUGUGACUAUGAUAGAGAAUACGGCUGCUCCUGCGCCACACCCUUAG